AUGACCCUCACGGGCCACAAGAGAGGAGUGUCGGCGGUCAAAUUCUCGCCAGACGGAAGAUGGAUUGCGAGUUGCUCUGCAGAUUGCACCAUCAAAAUCUGGGACGCCGUUACUGGAGCCCUCGCGCACACCCUCGAGGGCCAUCUCGCCGGCAUCAAUUGCAUCUCAUGGAGUCCCGAUUCCAAGUACCUCGCCUCCGGCUCCGACGACAAGCUCAUCCGCCUCUGGGACGUGCAACGCGGCAAGUGCAUGCCCACCCCUCUCACCGGCCACCACAACUACGUCUUCAGCCUGGCCUUCUCCCCCAAGGGCAACAUGCUGGUGUCCGGCUCCUACGACGAAGCCGUCUUCCUCUGGGACGUGCGCACCGCCCGCCUCAUGCGCAGUCUGCCCGCCCACUCCGACCCCGUUUCCGGCGUCGACUUUGUGCGAGACGGCACGCUCGCCGCGUCGUGUUCCAGCGACGGCUUGAUCCGCAUUUGGGAUACCGGCACGGGACAGUGUCUCAAGACGCUCGUGCACGAGGACAACGCGGCCGUGACGAGCGUGCGCUUCUCCCCCAACGGCAAGUUCGUGCUCGCAGCUACACUGGACUCGUGCGUGCGCUUGUGGGAUUACGUCGAAGGCCGGUGCGUGAAGACGUACCAGGGGCACCAGAACGAAAAGUUCAGCCUGAACGCCGGCUUCGGCGUUGAAGAUGGCAAAAUCGUGCUUUGGGACGUCAGCUCCAAGGAGGUGCUGCAGACGCUCUCGGGACACAGUGGGGUGGUGUUGGGCGUGGACGUCGGGCUGGAUGACCAGACUAUCGUGACGUGUGGCGUGGACAAGACGAUCAAGAUUUGGAAGAAGCAACCCACCGCGGCCAUGAAUGGGCAUCAUGAGCCUGCACUGCCGCAGCAGGCCUCGCGCGAUGAUCAUGGAGUCGCUGAGCAUGAACUCGCACAGAAUGGGACGGCCGAGAACGGAGUCGGCGAGAAUGGAGCCGUGCCUCACGAGCAAUCAUAA